CCCUACCCACCGACCAUCGUUCCCUUCCCCCAUACCCACCUUAUUCUUCACCCCCGAUUACCUCAUCGGAGAGCAAUACCCACAAUCACCUACCGAUCAUCUCCUGACCACCGGAACCACUUCCACCGCGACAACCAGCGAUUACCCACAAUCACCUACCGAUCACUGUCGACCACUGUCGACGACCUCUGUCCACACCACCGUUGAUCGCCAUAUCCACCGUAGGGCUCCGAUUGACUUCCGUCAACAGCUGAUUAACAAACAGAGUUUUAUAAUUUAUCUAGUUUUCGGCUCAAGUGAAUUCAGGAUGUCGGGCGAAGGUGCAUCAAGUGCAGGAGGAAAACGCAAGCGCAAGUCAUCGAAAAAGAAUCAACCGGUUCAAUAUAGGAUGCCCGAGGAGCAUCCGGAACCUAAUGCCGUUGCAGUGCCUCUCGAUCAGCGGGUGUUGCGCAAUCACACACUUUUACGGUUUAUGUUGGGCACCGACGAAUAUGAGAGAUGCGAAAAGUUUUUGGAAAUGGAAUUAUUUCAGCACAGGACUGUGAAUUGGGGAAUGAUUGAUACUAUGAAUCAACGAGCGAAAUUGGAAGGGUUGUUAGGACGCAGAUGGUUAGAGGCAAUACGGUGCGCAGAGCCACAGUAUGCGGAACUCACUGUUGAGUUUCAUUCUACUUUUAAGUAUUCGCCUGAGUGGUUCAUGCAACCAUAUACAGUUCGGUUUGUGUUGGGGCGUCAAGCAUUCAGAAUGAGUGUCCCACAGUUUGCAGAGGCGAUUGGGUUAUACACCAGGGCGGAGUCGAGUUCAACGGGUUAUUAGGUAGCAUAGUGAAUCUUAAAAACUAUCCCUAUUAACUAAUCAAAUUCAUUAAUUCCGAGGCCAUGUCUAUGUGGUGUUUUGAAUCAGAAAACGGAUUUUUAUAUUAAAACGGGUAUUCGGGAUUCCGGGUGGAGGUUACUUUUUCUCAUCUUGAUAACACUUUUCGUGACAAAUUGUGUUUUCUUUACAAUUAAACAAACAAACCCCCAAUUUAGAUAGUUUAGUUUUAAUUAAUUUCUUUUACGCUAACCACAAAUUCCCCGUGGAUACGAUACCCUACUUACGCUAUCUACGUAGUUUAGGAGGUCGUUACGGGGAAUUACAGUUAAGCGAGAGGAUUAUUAUGUGACGGAAGAAGAGUUAUCUGAGUUUUGGCUGACGAUAGCGGAUUCAGCAUGGUCGACACGUGCGGUGGCAUCUUCGAUUCGGGAUCCGUUUGUCAGAUAUAUUCAUAGGAUCAUCGCGUGUACAGUCAUGGGUAGGAAGGGUGGAGAAGAUAAGGUGAGUCAGAAUGAUUUGUUCUGUUUGUAUUGCAUUAUGAAUAGGAUAGAAGUGAAUUUGGCGAUAGUGAUGUUGGCGUCAUUCGCACGGGGUCGUCGAAAGGGUGGUCAAGCAAGGUUGCCAUUGGGUACUUAUGUGACUAGGUUGGCAAGGCAUUUGGGUGUUACUGAUAUAUAUGCAGAGCGUCUGUUGACUCCUGGUCCAAUUACAGCUGAGUUUGGGAUUGAAGAGCUGCGUCGAGCGCAGAUGAUUUGUUUGGACGAGCCGCUUCGUUGGGAGGCGGUAAAGCAGGGUCCUUCUCACAGACAGAGAGUGCGUCUGCAGUCCGAGCGUCCUCAAUCCGAGCGUCCUCGUGCGCAGCGUCAGGUACGUGCUCCUGUAUCAGCACCAGUGACAUUGGAGUCGUUGAGGGAUAUGUUGUUGGUUCAAAAUGGCGUGUUGAGAUAUAUUAUGGAGCGUCAGCACAUAGAGGUGUCGGAUUGGUUUCUGCCACCACAGCAGGCUGCUGGGGAUGAUGAGGUGGCUGGUGAGGAUGAGCAGGUGGAAAAUGUUAGUGAGGAGUCUGUAGAGGAUGACGAGUAGAUGGUUCUAGCAGUAUCAGCGCCGGUGAUUUUGGUUAUCUUUUGUAUUUUUCCCUUUUAUUUUGUUUUUAGCUGAUGAUGGUCUGUAUGUAACUUGAUAUCUGACAUAUUUGGGGAAAAUUGUAAAGGUUAA